AUACAGGGUCAACACCACCAUCUUCUAUAAAAAGGGAUCACUUCUCCAUGCAAGACAUCCCGCUCUUAUCUCAAGCAAACAAAAGAAGAGAAGAAUAUCCAAGCCCCAACUCUCCGGCGCACAACCCCAAUGAAGUUUCUUCCAACUUGCCUUCUCAUCUUGGCUCUGGCAACAGCCACCGCUUUCGCCUACGACCCCAGUCCUCUUCAGGACUUCUGUGUGGCCAUCAAUGACCCCAAAGUAUUUGUGAAUGGAAAGUUUUGCAAGGACCCAAAACAAGUCACGGCAGAUGAUUUCCUCUUUAAGGGGUUCAGAUACCCGGGGAAUACUGCGAAUUCGCUCGGAUCGAAAGUCACGCCCGCUUUUGUGGACCAAUUUCCUGGACUCAACACCCUCGGCAUUUCCAUGGCUCGUAUCGACUUCGCUCCGGGUGGCCUGAAUCCUCCCCACACUCACCCUCGUGGGUCCGAGGUUCUGGUCGUCACUGAGGGCACGCUGCUCGUCGGCUUCGUCACGUCCAACCAAUUAAACAACACCCUCUUCACCAAAGUCUUGUACAAAGGGGAUGUGUUUGCAUUCCCAAUCGGUCUCAUCCACUUCCAGCUGAACGUAGGAAAGACCCCCGCACUGGCCUUUGCUGCUCUGAGCAGCCAGAACCCAGGAGUCAUUACCGUCGCUAAUGCGGUGUUCGGAUCGAAGCCGCUCAUAUCGGCCAAUGUUCUCACCAAGGCCUUCCAAGUGGACAAGAAGGUUGUUGACUACCUCCAGGCACAGUUUUGGUACGACAAUUAAGCGGAUACGUUGACCUCCAAGACAUCGGAUUACCCCUAUAUUCUCCAUACAUGAUUGCUUCUUAGACUGACAAUUGCUUCCCAAUAAGAGAAGUGCUCUUAAUGUAACUGAUGGUGAUUGUUUGAGUAACAAAAAUAUUCGUUGUGAUUGAUA